AGAUAAUAAACAACAAUGCUCAUGAGCGUGUGCGCAAGCAUUUAACUGAAUUUUACAGAAUAAUUAUUUGGAAACAAAAUGGUUAGAUUUAAUUCAUAUAGCUAUCAUUAAUCACCUUUAAGAGUAUGGUUGCUUCUAGCGAAAGCGAUGUUGAAGUUAAUUUGGAAUAUUUAAAAGAAUAUACUGCUGCAAGCUGGAAAAUGUUCCCGUUACCAUGUUGAUAUUCACUAAAAGUGAAAUGGUGAAUAAGACUAUGAGAAACGCGAAACUAUUUCUGUUCUUCCUAUUAAGUUUUCUCGGUAGAAAAGGGAAUAUCUUCGCACAAGGUAUUUGUGGUACACCGCCGUCUAUGUCACACGGAACACAUACCAUCCAAAAUGACUACUAUGCUCUUUACAACUGUAACGCUGGAUACGUCAUGGAUGACGAAAGCGAUACUUUUCUUCUCAUAUGUGACGCUCUAUCUUCAUCCUGGAUUGGGACACCACCUCAAUGCAUUCGCGUGAGUUGCCCAGAGCCUCCAGUUCCAAAUCAUGGCUCAGUGUUAGGAGCAGGUCGUUACUAUGGUGACGUCAUCACAUUCGUUUGUGACACCAAGUAUCGUCUCUACGAUCCGUCGUAUUCUCGAACCUGUACCGAAGACGGGACGUGGUCCGGUGAAAGCCCCGAAUGCUUCCCUGAUCUGAGCAGUACAGAAGUCUGUCCAUCUGGAAGUUGGGAAUACGGAAACGACACCUGCUUCCGAGCCUACAGCACAACCAGGACCUGGACGGAUGCCCGAGACGAGUGCGCCAGUGGUAGCCCCGUAGGCAAACUUGCUAUGGUGGCCGAUGGUGACGUCCAGACAUUCUUGGAGGAGAAGUUGGAAGAAUCAGGAAGCACCGAUUCGCUUUGGAUUGGAGGCUCUUACGGAUACGUUUGGUACUGGGAUGAUUCUGGAAAUCCACUACAAUAUUUUUCCUGGGCGUGGGAAGAACCGAGCAGCACCAGCGACACAAUCCAGUGUGUCUUCUUGAGUAGUCUGCCGAACCCGAGCGGUGAUAAGAAUCAUGACUAUAACUGGAAUGAUGAGGACUGUACCGUAAACAUGGUUUCAGAUAUCCCAAUCUACAUUAUCUGCGAAUAUGACUUUUCUUGCUCUUCGAUGAUACCACCGGCUAUUUCCGCAUAUCCAAAAUAUGAAUAUGAUGGGAAAUGUAUAGUGUUCGUUAAGGAGGAACGCAACUGGAACGAUGGGAGGUCAUUCUGCAGUGCCACAUUUGGUAUAGUUGUUGAAAUCCAUGACAGUGUAAAGCAGAACUUCCUGGUCGAGAAAGCAAGGGAUGUAGACGGUUCAUCCGGUGUGAACUGGUGGAUUGGAGCAAAGCGAAAAUAUUCAGGAGGCAAAAGUUGGAAUUGGGUUGAUGGAAGUCAUAUCACUGAUUUUCAUUGGGGACUUAACGAACCAAGUAAUCCUGAUAUUGAAGAGUGCGUUGAUCUCCUUGCGACUAGCGACUUCAAAUGGAAUGACGAUAGAUGUACUUUAAGCAAAGAUUAUAUCUGCCAAUACACUGGUCCCAAAGAGUCCGAGAGAUGCUACGACCCCGGAGAACCAGCGCAUGGCUCAUAUUCACCCUCGAAUCCUGAUUGGCUGUAUGGCUCCUACGUAAUCUACUCAUGUGAUGAAGGGUACACACUUCACGAUAACAUCAGUCGGAUUGAAUGCAACCUUGAUGGAACAUAUACUUCACAUAUUCCAAAAUGUAUACCUGUUUCUUGUGGAAGUGUUUAUCCUUUAUUCGACAACGCAACUCCGAAUCCUACUGGAUCUGAUUUUCGUGACAUCGUAGUCUAUGUAUGUGAUAGCGGAUACUAUCCGGUUGGCGAUAUGUCCGCGGUUUGCCAGCCUAAUGGAACGUGGAGUCAAACAAGUGGAUAUUGUCAAGAAUUUGAUGAAUGCUUAAGCAACCCUUGUCUACAUGGAUCUUCGUGUUUGGACAUGAUAGACUAUUAUCAGUGCGACUGCGUGGAUGGUUACACUGGAACAAAUUGCGAAAUUGAAAUUGACGAAUGUUCUAGCAACCCUUGUCACAAUGGUGCAACCUGCUCGGAUUUCAUCAACGCGUACAACUGUACCUGCCUCCCCGGAUAUAAUGGCUUGAACUGUGACAUUGAAAUUGAUGAGUGCUCGAGCCGCCCUUGCCAUAACAACGCUACCUGCGUGGACUACAUUGAUAACUACAGCUGUAUCUGUUUACCUGGCUAUGAAGGCAUUCAUUGUGAAUAUGAAAUUGAUGAAUGUUUCAGCAAUCCUUGUCAAAAUGGUGCUACUUGUUCGGACUACAUUAAUAGCUACAACUGUACCUGUUUACCUGGCUAUGAAGGCAUUCAGUGUGGAUCAGAAAUUGAUGAGUGUUUCAGCAAUCCUUGCCAAAAUGGUGCUACUUGUGCGGACUACAUUGAUAGCUACAACUGUACCUGUUUACCUGGCUACGAAGGUAUUCGUUGUGAAUCAGAAAUCGAUGAGUGUCUGAGUAAUCCUUGUCAAAAUGGUGCUACCUGUUCGGACCAAAUUGACAGCUACAACUGUACAUGUUUAGCAGGCUACGAAGGCAUUCAUUGUGAAUCAGAAAUUGAUGAGUGUUUGAGCAAUCCUUGCCAAAAUGGUGCUACUUGUUCGGACUGCAUUGAUAGCUACAACUGUACCUGUGUACCUGGCUAUGAAGGCAUUCAGUGUGAAUCAGAAAUUGAUGAGUGUUUGAGCAAUCCUUGCCAAAAUGGUGCUACUUGUUUGGACUACAUUGAUAGCUACAGCUGUACCUGUUUACCUGGCUAUGAAGGCAUUCAGUGUGAAUCAGAUAUUGAUGAGUGCUUGAGUAAUCCUUGUCAAAAUGGUGCUACCUGUUUGGACCACAUUGAUAACUACAACUGUACAUGUUUAGCAGGCUACGAAGGCAUUCACUGUGAAUUAGAAAUUGACGAAUGUUCUAGCAAUCCAUGUCACAAUGGUGCAACCUGCUCUGAUUUCAUCAACGCGUACAACUGUACCUGCCUCCCUGGGUAUAAUGGCUUGAAUUGUGAUAAUGAAAUUGAUGAGUGUUCGAGCAAUCCUUGUCAAUAUGGUGCUACCUGCCUGGACCACAUUGAUAGCUACAACUGUACAUGCUGGCCUGGCUAUGAAGGAAUUCAUUGUGAAUCUGAAAUUGAUGAGUGUUCGAGUAAUCCUUGUCAAAAUGGUGCUACCUGCCUGGAUCACAUUGAUCGCUACAACUGCAUCUGUUCAACAGGCUAUGAAGGCAUUCAGUGUGAAUUUGAUAUUGAUGAGUGCUCGAGCAAUCCUUGUCAAAAUGGCGCUAUCUGUUCGGACCACAUUGAUAGCUACAAUUGUUCCUGUUUGCCUGGCUAUAAUGGAAUUCAAUGCGAAUCUGAAAUUGAUGAGUGUUCCAGUAAUCCUUGUCAAAAUGGUGCUACUUGUUCGGACCUCAUUGAUAGCUACAACUGUACGUGUUCGGCUGGAUAUGAAGGAAUUCGUUGUGAAAAUGAAACUGAUGAAUGUUCCAGUAACCCGUGCAUGAACGGAGCUACAUGUUUUGAUUUUAUUGACUUCUACAACUGUACAUGUGUACCUGGUUACGACGGUUUCCAAUGUCAAAACGAAAUUGACGAAUGUUCUAGCAACCCCUGCCAAAAUGGGGCUACAUGUAAUAGCUAUACUGGAAUUUACAACUGUUCCUGUUUAGCUGGUUAUGAUGGAAGCCAUUGUGAACACGAAAUUGACGAAUGUUCUAGUAAUCCAUGUCAAAACGGAGCAACUUGCACCGAUUCUGUUGAUUCUUACAACUGCACAUGUCCCGGAGGUUAUCAAGGAAUUACCUGUGAAAACGAAACUGAUGAAUGUCAAAGCAAUCCAUGCCUGAACGGAGGUAGCUGCUUUGAUGGAAUAUAUUUUUACAACUGCACUUGUCGUGAUGGGUAUCAUGGUACAACCUGUGAAGAUGAGGUAAACGAAUGCACUAGUGAUCCGUGCAUGAAUGGAGCUACAUGUAAUGAUUUCGUCGACUUCUACAACUGUACCUGUCCGCAAGGAUAUGAUGGAAUUCAUUGUCAAAACGAUAUCGACGAAUGUCAAAGCAAUCCUUGCCACAAUGGUGCUACAUGCUCGGAUCAUAUCGAUGCCUAUAAGUGUUCAUGUAAUCCGGGUUUUAAUGGUCCUAACUGUGAAAAUGAUAUCAACGAAUGUCUUAGUGGGCCCUGUCUCAAUGGUGCCUCCUGUUCUGAUGGCAUCGAUUUCUUCAACUGUUCUUGCAUGUCUGGUUAUAACGGUAUCAACUGUGAAAUUGAUAUAAACGAAUGUGUUAGCAAUCCUUGUCUUAACGGUGCUACCUGCAUGGAGGAAAUAAACUCAUACAACUGCACAUGCACCCCUGGAUUUGAGGGUGUCAGCUGUGAAGUUGAUGUCGACGAAUGCCAAAGCAAUCCAUGUCAACAUGGUGCUACUUGUUUGGACAAAAUCAAUUCCUAUACCUGCUCCUGUAGUCCGGGUUAUGAGGGGAUGAAUUGUGAAAAUGCAUCAUCUGACUGUUAUAACAGUAACCCGUGUUUAAACAACGGUACAUGUGUAGAAUCAGAUAACUCUUACAAUUGUUCAUGUCCAACUGGUUAUCAAGGAUUCCAUUGCGAAAUAGAGAUUGACGAAUGUCUUAGCAACCCCUGCCAUAACGGAGGGUCGUGCUCAGACUCAAUUAAUCUAUUCAUUUGCACCUGUCUCGGUGGAUAUGAGGGGCGCCAGUGUGAAAAAGAAACCAACGAGUGUUCGAGCAACCCUUGUCAGAAUGGAGCGACCUGCAAGGACUUCAUCAACGGAUAUAUCUGUACAUGUCCAAAAGGAUUCUCGGGGACUCACUGUGAUGAAAAAUCCCCAGGCGACAAAGCCAACGUUGCCCUUAUUGCCAGCCUGUCUGUCGUCAGUUGUAUCUUUCUGGUUGUCAUCAUUAUCAUAUCAUGGUUGCUAGUAAACAGGGGAACCAAAGUUGUUCCAAACGAGGUCGAGCUCGACCCUUCUCCGAAGACCGAUAAGAGUUCGACAGUUGCUUGGGACGAAGCAAAUGACGGUGAUCGACCUCCGUCCCCAAUGUCGGUCGUAAUGCCAAACGGUGAUCAUGCCUACAUUCUAGACGUCGAGGAGAACAUGUAUGAAAAGUGGAUUUGAGAACAUCAGGAACGAUGAAGAUCAGGAACUCUUCGAUAACGAGCUUUGAAGAGAUUUAUUAAAGUGUUGCGUCAUGUGGUUCAAUUGGGUUAAAGUUCACUAACUAUUCUCGGCUUUUAGACAUUUCAGAUAUUCAAUAUAGGUCUCAUGGCUAUAAUCAUGACGACAUUCCUAUAUUUUAUCCCAUUCGAAGGAGGACUUUUGACGCGAAAAAUGUAAAACAUGUUUGUACUGGAAUCUAUUUUAUUUGUGAUUUUUCAUGAAUGUGCGCGCAUCAUUAUUUUCGUAAAAUAAAAAAACAAAAUCGA